CGCGGGGUCAGAAAACAUCCCAAUUGCCGACCGGACAGAAGUUCAGCACACGAAAAAAUCUCAAUGUCAUCAUUCAAUGACUGGUUCCAGCUCCAUGCCGAGGUCCAUGCCGUUGCAAAUCGGCCACGAUUAACUGCUCAACCGACCUCGCUCCGCAAAUCACCGCCGCACGCACCUCCGAACCCACCUCUUGAUUUCUGCCACCACCAUCCAUUGCCACUCACUUCGCUGGGAACGGGGGUCAUGCUCAAUCAUGGACCAGCCUGAAGUUCAUAGCCAUCGAACAAAGACUGCUCUUCCGGCUAUGUUGACCAUGGUCCGGUAACCGUCUGUGUUCGCCGCAUUUCGCCAAGACUGCGCGCGUUUACCAAG